CUCGUUACGUGUGACGUGUGACACUCUCCACUCACUCUGCGACAUAUCCUUGACGAUGGAUCCCGACCGCAAAUCCACCGUGUCCUCCUUUUAUGGCGCUCGCAAAAGCUCUUACGAUGCACUGAACUACGACCAAACCUCCCCCUCGCCUGCCGCCGAGAUGGGUGGCCGCCCCCGAGACGACGCCUCGUCAUUCUUCAAUCCGCGAGGCAGCAUGGACAUGCUGGUGGGAAGGCCGAACAACGCCGGCUACAACCGAGCCUCUUAUUUUCAUGCUGGGAGGGAGGAACCGCUGAAGGGUGGACGGGACGAGGAAGAGGACGCCGCCGAAGGCGCCUGGGAUGUGUAUGCGGACUUUAACAAUUCCGGUCCCAAAUACAGUUCCGCAUUCGGGAGCCAGGAUCCGGCAGGAUAUCAAUCGCUAGAUGCACCAACACCAAAGACCGAUGCAGGUUCUACUGCCGCCGGCGGGCCAGUGGAGAUGGUGACGGUACCGGCUAUGGGAGCCGAAUGGGGAAAAGAUGAAUUGCGGGAUAUGACAAAGGCGGGACGUCGUGCGAAGAAGGCAGAAAAGCGUCAGCAAUUCUGGAGAGAAAUCACUCGAGGCAACCGUGGUGGGCGGUGGAAACGAGUGACCGUAUUUGUGUGCUUUGGAUUCAUUGCAGUCCUUGCAAUCGCACUCGGGAUAUGUAUCCCCCGUGUGCCUUCGUUUUCACUCAGCAACAGCGCACCUCUGGGCAGCGCGACAGGAAAUUGGUCCACGACUGUGCCAACCCUCUUCUCGCGUGCUCCCGCCAACUUCUCUUUCCCUGCUGUUGCCGACUUGCAAGUUGACACGAACGCCAACUACUUACCGCUCCACUUCAACUCAUUGAGCGGAAGCAUCUAUGACCUGGAAACGGGCUUCCUCGUUGCCACAGGAACCAUGAAUGGAUUCUCAAUGAAGGCGAAGAGCUUCGUCCCCCUGCUGCUUCCACUGAACUUUACAUACGUCGCUGUCAACGACACCGACACCACUUGGGUGACUUGGUACAACGCAUGCAAGAGCAAAGGUCAAUAUCCCGGAGGCAGUCGCCCAGGUCUUCGCUUCUCGCUCGUCCUCAAGAUGAGCAUUUCGGGUCUCCUCCGAACACUGACAACAUCGACUCAAGUGACGAAUGCCAACUGUCCUAUUGAGCUGCCUGCGAACAGCGCAUAGACACUCUGCCCAGGAGCUGCAUUGCAACACACACUCUUUACUCAUAUCGCACGGACUUGUCAUUAUAUCUAUCUCAUCACGCAUAAUGCCAGUUUUCUAUUAGGAUCGCGGUCGUUCUACAUGUGUGGCUUGCGCUCUUUCGGACUCGUGAUAUAUUUCCUGCCCUUGAAGACCUUUCUGUAUAUUUUAGCACGGGCGCGAAUGUGAUUGUGCGGUACGCAUGUGUCCACCUGUCAAACGCGUCACAAUCAGUUCUCCCUCCCUCUCUUUCUUCGUCCCUCUAAACCUCAUCAGUAUUCGAUAGGCUGUAUCCGAUCUGUAUCAGCAUAUCCACUCGCCCAUUUCUAUCAAGCCAUUCUUUCCAUAUAUAUCUCCCCCACAUGGACCAUACAGCUCCUUCAAGAGGCUUGCGGCGCCGCUCAGGUGGUUCCACAGCUUAUCAUCAAGUUCGAGAUCAAGACGAUGGCCAAGAAGACUUCAAUCUUGCUGCUGAGGAAGACCCGAAUGCCUCGGACGCGUGGAAAGCCACUAUCGUUCUCGUUCGUCGACAGACUGCUUCGCCAAUACUUCCGGUGCUGCCUAGAGUGGGGCUCGGCUCGGGUCUAUCAUCACCACCUCGGCGCUGUAUCUCGCCUCUAGCGUCUAGCUCCAGCCAAUCCAAGUCUUUUAUGUCUACCGAUGAUCUCCCGACUCCGGGCUAUCCGCGCGACGGAGCUGCGUUAGUCACCGCGUUUUCCGACGGUCGUCAAUGUCUGCCGAUUGCUGUGCGCGGUGACAGACCGUAUGGUUCCCCGCCUCAAUAUCGCGAUACAUCUGCAUCUUCGACUCUGGGCGAUUCUUGUUCUGACGCCGGCGCCACUGACUCGGGUAGGGGCAGUGGUGCAUCUCCCCGCGGGCCGAUGUCAGUGGUAUCGCGCGGGCUGGGCGUCUUCAGCCGCUCGUCUUCGCGUGCCGCGGAGGGUUUCAUCUCGAUUCCGGUGACCUGCGAAUCUGACUGGUGCGGACGCACUUCUCCCGGGGGCUCCGACAGCGGUGGGUAUGACAGCGACUGUGCUGGUGACCCGCGGAUGCAGACGCAAGUCAUGGACAAGUUCACGCACAAGUGGCCAGGCCAGAGACUCGGGACCUCUGGAUCCAGCAAGAGCACGGGUGCAGAUACAAGUAGCGCUUUGCUCGAAACGGGACAUGGUCCAAGCGCGAGUGCAGUGGAGCGGCACUGGACAUCAUUCAAGCGCUGUCUGGUGGUGUCUGUCGUGUCUGUCUUUGUGUAUGGCAGUGCUGCGUUGGUAUGUGCCCUGAUGACUUGGUUCCGAACAUGGGAUUCCGCAGCCGUCAUGUAUGUAGCUGACAAUGACGUGCUGAUCCUCAUAACGCUUGCCGGAUCCAUCCUUGUUUUUACCGCGCUCGUCGGGCUGGCGGGUGUUCUGCUCAACUCUCGGCCGAUCCUGGCAAUGUAUGCUGUGCUGCUGUGGCCGGCAUUCAUGUCCCUAGUUUCGAUCGGGUACGUCGCCUAUAAGCGAGCAACAUUUUCGCUCGAUCGCAAGCUGGACAUGUCCUGGAGCCAGUAUUACACGCCUCUCGGCCGGCUGCUGAUUCAAGACGCAUUGCACUGCUGCGGCUUCUACAGUCCCUUGCAUGAUGCGACACCGAGCAAGCGGUGUUUUGCGCGGACGUCGCUGCCGGGAUGCAAGGGCAAACUCUUCCGCUUCGAGCGCGAAAACUUGGCUACCGUCUGGGCUGUGGUCUUCUCUCUCGUGCCGCUUCAUCUGCUCAAUAUUUUCAUUGCAUUGUUGUGCGCGAACCAUGUCACUGAGAGAUUUGGGACGGGGAUGAUGCCCGUGAAGUAUCGUUUGUCGGGAGCGGACGUUCAAGCCGAAAUAGAGAGGCUCCGGAUCAAGUACAAGCUAGUCGAGAGGUCCAUUUAAUACAUACAGGAGUAUUAGGGAGAUAAACUAUCGAACAGAUCUUUCUUCGAAUAUUGUUGCCAAGAAUGCAGUGCACAGUUGGGUUCUA